AUGCCCCGCCUGCCGCGUUUACCUGCGGUGCUCCAUUUGCCUGCCCCACCCUGCUUCAAGGUCAUGAACGGCCAAUCAGAGGGGUGGGUGCUGCUCCAUUCACCGUGCCUCAUCCGUGUCCACCUUUGCGGCGUAAUGUCCAACGGCGACCUUGUUGACCCAAUCAACCUUCUCCGAGAGAAAGCACAAAAUUCAUCGAAAUGCCGACCAUUCGUUGAGAAGUUACAAGCAUGUGGAGAACGCCAGCCCAAAACUAAGGAAUCUUGUGAAGAAGAAUUCAUCGACCUCCUUGAGUGUUCGGACGCCAUUGUUGCAUCGCAGAUUUUUAAGGUUCUCAAGUGA